AGUCCUGUCUUAAAAAGGAAAGCGAUCAUUUCGGUCCAAAGACUCCAAAAUCCAUCUCCUCAAGUCCAUCCAUUGUUCAUUAACGGUUACAGGCCUAGCAAAGCAAGACAACCAAACCCCUUCAAACCAGAGAAUGUUUCCGUUUUUUUCUCCUUCAAGGGUCAAACUUCAAACGUCGGACGAUAGACCCCCGAGUCUCGCUCGCUCGCUGGCUUCUCUCCCUGAGACCAUGUCAUCGUCUUUGCACCACACCGACAUUACCCAUAUUUUCCUUUCUUCGAUUUCAAGUCGCAAAAGCGGCCUUCAAUGGAAGAACCCUCCUCCAAGAAAACACCUCUUUCCAUUCUCCGUGUUUAUGAUACACUGUUGCUUUAGGUGGGACACACUCUUAUGGAAGCAUGUGGACUCUAGCAUAAUUAAUUGAACAAUGCCUCUGAAUCUCUUACAUGGGCACUGGUGAAGUGUGAAAUCAAGGAGGCAGGCCCUGUACAGAUUUUGGUCAGGGUUUCCUUAACCACCAUUUGUCAUGAGUUUCAAAUCUGUUAUUUGGAAGGAAAGGCUUAGUCAGUGGAAUCUGGCAAGGGAAAAUCUUUUAUGCAGAAGCAGAAACACAAAUGUGUUACCUAAUGCAAACGAGCAUGCUCCUCCGGAAGAGGAGAAACUGCUCCAGAUGGAAAUGGAUAGUGAGCUUCGACAACCUCUUUCAAGAAAGAUACCGAUGUCCGCUUCAAUGAUCAAUCCAUAUAGGGUUAUUAUCCUCUUCCGCCUAGUAAUCUUGGCCUUUUUCCUCCGGUACCGAUUGACCCAUCCUGUCAAGAAUGCACAUGGGCUUUGGUUAGCUUCCGUCCUUUGUGAGGUGUGGUUUGCCUUAUUUUGGAUAAUAGACCAGCUUCCUAAGUUGCUUCCUGUGAACAGACGAACAUAUCCUGAACGCUUAUGCUUAAGGUACAACAAACCAGGGAAGCCAUCUGAGCUUCCUUGCAUUGAUAUCUUUGUUGGCACUGCUGACCCGCUGAAGGAGCCACCUCUUGUCACAGCAAACACUAUCCUUUCCAUUCUUUCUGUAGACUACCCGGCUGAAAAAGUUUCAUGCUAUGUUUCUGAUGAUGGAGCAGCUUUGGUAACACUUGAAACUCUAUUGGAAACCUGUGAAUUUGCAAAAAAGUGGGUACCAUUUAGCAAGAAGUUCAGUAUCGAGCCUCGGUCUCCGGAGUGUUACUUCUCACAAAAGGUUGAUCGCUUGAAAUUUAACACAUUCCCAACUUUUUUCAAGGAACGAAGGCUAAUGAAGAGGCAGUAUGAGGAAUUCAAACUCAGGAUAAAUGGCCUUGUCGCUAGGUUUCAAACUGUUCCUCCUGGAGGUUGGUCUAUGAAGGAUGGCACUCCAUGGCCUGGGAAUAAUGCUGGAGAUCAUCCAGGAUUGAUACAGAUAUUACUAGGCCAUGGGAGUGAAGCAUUGCCUCAACUAGUCUAUGUAUCACGUGAAAGGCGCCCUGGUUUCCAGCACCACAAGAAGGCGGGUGCCAUGAAUGCUCUGGUUCGAGUUUCUGCUCUACUUACAAAUGGGGCUUACAUUCUAAAUCUUGAUUGCAAUCACUAUAUAAACAACAGCCAAGCACUCCUAGAAGCUAUGUGCUUUAUGAUGGGCCGAAGAAACAGGAAGAAGGUGUCCUAUGUUCAAUUUCCCCUGAGAUUUGAUGGUAUUAAUGCAAACAAUCGGUAUGCAGACCACAAUACAGUCUUCUAUGAUAUCACCUUGAAAUGUCUUGAUGGAAUACAGGGGCCUCUUUAUGUUGGUUCAGGAUGUUUCUUAAGCCGAAAAGCUUUAUAUGGUUAUGAUGCACCUCUAGAACCGUUAGCUUGCCAAGAAAACCAGUUGGCUCCUAUGAAGUUCAGUUCUGUGGACAACCAUGUUUCUUUCAACUCGACUCCAGUUGUUGAUGAAUCCAGGUCAAGAUUACUAGUGGAUUCUAGCAAUCUGGAAAUGGAAUCUCAUCCUGAAUUUCUUAGCAUGGAGAAGUGUUUUGGUCAGUCUCAAUUACUUCUUGCAUCAAAUCUUGUUAAUGAUGAUAGCUUCACAGAAUCUGUAAGUCCUAAUGAAAUCCUAAGAGAAGCAGUCCACGUAAUUAGUUAUGAUUAUGAAGAUAACACUGCGUGGGGGAUAGAGAUUGGUUGGAUAUAUGGCUGUCAGACUGGGGAUAUUCUAACUGGCUUUAAGAUGCAUACUCGUGGAUGGCGAUCUAUAUAUUGUAUGCCGCAGCGUGCCGCUUUCAGAGGAUCUGCGCCCAUCAGUCUUUCUGAUCGCUUAAGUCAGGUUCUCCUGUGGGCCGUUGGCUCCAUUGAGAUUCUUUUCAGUCGACAUUGUCCAAUCUGGUAUGGAUAUGGUGGCAGGCUGAAAUGGUUAGAGAGGAUUGCUUACAUAAAUAAUACCAUAUAUCCUCUUGCUUCUUUCCCCCUGCUUAUAUACUGUACUCUACCAGCCAUAUGCCUAGUAACCGGAAAAUUUAUAAUUCCAAUGGAUUCUAUUCAAGCAAGUGUCUGGCUUGGGAUUCUUAUCAUAUCAAUUUGGGCUAAUGGAGUCCUCGAGAUUAGAUGGAGUGGAGUCAAUAUUCAAGAGUGGUGGAGAAAUCAGCAGUUCUGGUUAAUUGCUGGAGUGUCCUCUCAUUUAUUUGCUGUUUUCCAGGGUUUGACCAAGGUCGUGCUCGGCUUCAAACCUAGUUCAAGGUUAAUAACAAAGACGUCCACAGUGGAUAAUUCUAUGGAGUUUUACUCAUUCAAGUGGACAUCACUUCUGAUCCUGCCAACAACAUUGAUUUUCAUCAAUCUGUGGGCUGUGUUCAUUGGAAUAUCUUCAGCUGUCGGUGGAGAUCCUGGCUCGUGGCGCUUUCUGUUUGCUAAGCUCUUCUUUGCUUUCUUGGUUAUUAUCCAUCUCCAUCCGUUAUUGAAGGGCUUGUUAGUUCGCAAAUGCCAGAUGCCAACGGUAGUGAUUGUUUGGUCAGUUCUUCUCACAGCCCUUUUUUCUGUUCUAUGGCUCCGGCUUGAUCCUUUUACUAUUAGGUUCAGGGGACCUGAUGUGAAGGACUGUGGCAUUGAAUGUUGAUUCUGAUCUCCCUCAUCUUUCCAAAUUAUUUCUACUGUAUGCUUUGCUCUAACAUGUGCACACUCCUCUCGGUUGAGAAUGUACUUAAAAGAGGGUUUUGGGGGUUGAACUGGUUUCUGUUUAUACUGCCAAGAUCAACGAAGAUCAAACCUCAGUAGAGAUAUAGUGUUUUGGCGUCCAUUUCCUCCUCAAAGCAAUUCUGAGCAAUCAUUAUAAGUGAAGUUCUCGCUGCACUGAUCAUGGAAGUUUUGUGAGAUGCGGCUGGCAUCAGAGGUUUCAAGUGGUGAUUCCAUCUGGGCAUUGAUUUAUGGCAUGCGUAGCUUUAGAGCCCACUGAUGCCGCUACAUCAAUGCAAGAUAUGUGUCCCAUAUUGUAGCAGCAGAAGCCAUGGGUAUGUAUAUUUGAUAAUUCUUAUUAAUUUUUCUGGUACUGGAUAAUUAUCAUUAUUGGUUGUGCAAUAUAUGAUGACCUUUGUAUCUCA